AUGUAUCAGAGAAGAGUAGAUCGUAACUUUGAUAAAAUCUCUCCAAUUAAAGUGGAGGAAAAUGCUUUAUAUUUUGUAAAGAAGAAUUCUAUUGGACAAGUUUGUAACGGGAGCGUCAUUGUUGAGCAUGAAGUUAUUGUGGAAGUUCCAGUUAAACAAAAUAUCACAAAUGAAUUUGUUGCUAUUAAGGACAAUAUUUCUACUAAACUGAAUGAAGCUACUCAGUCAACAGAGUUAUGUGAAAAAAACAACCUCUUCUGCUUUAACACUUAUGAUACUUCAGUUAAAGGAACAGCUCCCAAAGUUGAUGAUUUCUGUAAAGAGCAGUAUCCUGUAUUAUCUCGAUACUAUGUUGCAGAAUGUGAUGAAACUAGUUGCACCUGCGUCUCUAAUUGUACCCAGGAAAAAGAGCACAGUAUAGAUUGUAACUAUGGCACCUGCUAUGUGCAAGAACAAGGGCCCAUAUGUGUAUGCCCCAAUACAAAUAUGUUUUGGUUCACGGGAAACAUGUGCGGUGGUAGAAUCAGCAGACCAGGUGUAAUUGGAGGUGUGACUGCCGCAGCUGCUGUUGUCUUAAUUGGUUUAAUUACAUUCAUUGUUUUACGAAAACGACGUAAGAAUAAAAAAGUAAAAGAUAACAGAUCUGCAUUAAAUGAUUGGGAAAGAGAUGACAACCAAUAUUACUCAUCAAAUAAGAGAGCGGAACGGAACCCCAUUACUGGAGUAAACAAUCUUUACUCAAGCUCUGAAAAUUUUAACCCUAGGCUAGAAAGAGUAGACACUACUAAUGCGGUUCAUAUCAAAAGACCACAGUUAAUAUCAUAUAACUGAGAAGCUAUUUUCAAUCUUGAGGACUUAGUGCAAUAUUAUCGGCCCAAAAAGGACACCUGUUCAGCCCACAAACCUGAUGAAUGAUUCGUCAUACUGGUGGAAGAUUAUUAUUAAAUAACUGAUUAUGUUGUGAUUUAUUUAAAUAUCUUUGAACAAGAUUGUGUAGACACAUAACAAAUAAAGGAGAUCCAAAUGGUUUUGAAGGUCAACAAAACAGAUGAUAAAGUCAUUUUAAUAAGCCGCUAGUAUCUAGAAUUCCAUGAGAAUUGAAGAGGUUAUGGAUUGGUGUGGCAUCCACAUCCUGGAAUGCUUGUUUGGCAUACUUGGCUUUCUUCUUACAUACUCUGUCUGUUAUAGACUCCCAGAAACAACAAUCACUCUUCCAGUCAUUAAGGUGAGCCUCAGUAUUGGAAAAUCCAGAACACACCCCAGUAAUCCAGAUCCAACUUUAGAAUGUCAAGAACAUGCCCCAAUAUGGCAACUAUAAUAUGCCAUACUUCACUUGGGAAUGUCCAGUCCAUGCCACAGGAUACCCAGAAACCACUACUAAAAUGUUUAGACUGCAAUUUAAAAUACAGAGAUCUUAUACAUGGAAUUUUCAGACCAUGCUUCAGAAUGUCAAUAUGGUAAUCUAGAAUAUUUAGACACCACCCCUUAUAUGUGCAAACUGUGUCACAAAAAAUUGAAAUAGUUACCUUAAACACCAAUAUAUGGGAUGUAGAGCAUAUGCCCCAGAAUACCUAGAUCUCAUCAUGGAAUGUCCAGGAGUUAAUCCAAAAUACACAGGCCCCACUCUAAAAAGUGCAAACAUUGCCCUGAAAUAGUAAGACAGUAACCUAGAAUACGCAGAACCCAUCAGUGCAAAGUCCACUUGUUGUCGUAGGAUACCCAGACCCCAUGUCAUGGAAUGUUAAGACUCAACAUGAAAGCGCCCAUACUAUACCCCUAGAAUGUCCAGAUCCUACCCCAGAAUACUCAGAUCUCACCUUGGAAAUGUUCAGAUACCACAAGACAACACUCAGACCCUUCACCCAGUACAUUCAGCCCUCAACCUAGAAUACCUAAAUCCCGCCACUGAAACAUGUAAAUCCAAACCAAGUUUAUACAGACUUUACUCCCAGAAUUCCCAGACAGAAUCAACGGAAACUUAAAAAG